AUGGUAACAGAAUUCAUCCUGUUGGGCAUCCCACACACCGAGGGCCAGGAAACUGUUCUGUUUGCUGUUUUCCUGAUCUUCUACCUCUGCACUCUGCUAGGAAAUCUGCUCAUUCUUUUGGCUGUGAUAUCGGAUUACCAUCUCCACACCCCUAUGUAUUUCUUUCUCUGUAACCUCUCAGUGCUGGAUAUUGGUUUCUCUUCUGUGAGCACCCCAAAGAUGUUGGCCAACCUGCUAGUGAGGAGUCGAGUUAUUUCUCUGGGUGGCUGUAUGUCCCAGGUCUUUUUCUACCACUUUUUAGGCAGCACUGAGUGCUUGCUUUACACAGUAAUGGCCUAUGACCGGUUUGCUGCCAUCUGCCACCCACUGCGUUACACCAUCAUCAUGAACUGGCAGGUGUGUGCCUUGUUGGCUGCUGGUACCUGGUUUACUAGCUCCUUUCAUGCCACAAUUCUUACUACUCUGACUUUUCAAUUGCCAUACUGUGGGUCUAAUGAAGUGGAUUAUUUUUUUUGUGACAUUUUCCCUAUUGUAAAAUUGGCCUGUGGGAACACCCUUAUCAUUGAGACUGUAAGCUUCACUAACAUCGGCCUUGUGCCCAUGACUUGCUUCCUCCUCAUCCUUGCAUCCUAUAUUCGCAUUGUCAUUGCAAUCCUAAAGAUGAGCUCUGCUGAAGGGAGGCGCAAGGCAGCAUCUACCUGUGUCUCCCACCUUUCAGUAGUCACACUCUUCUUUGGACCCUGUGCCCUUAUCUAUACUCAGCCAUCCUUGAGUGAGGUGCUAGUAACCCCAGUGCAGAUCUUUGGCAAUGUAGUUACUCCCAUGCUGAACCCCACAAUCUAUACUCUGAGAAACAAAGAUGUCAAGGGAGCCCUGAAAAAACUACUUGGGGGACAGAGUGUUUCAGAAGGAAGUCACUAG